UCCUCAGCAAAGCAAAAACUAACGGUAAAAAGCGAAGGUUUGACGACAUGAGAGAAUGUGUUUUAUUGUUGUACCAUUUCCCGGUGAAAUUACAGUCAAAUUUGAAACAAAAUAAGCCAACUCAAUUCGAAUAGUCGUUCCUCCGGUUGCUCCACGUCGAAAAUGCAGCCACAAGAAGACCCAAAUAUGGCCGAAAACAACAUGGUGGAAAGAAGACACGACGAACCGUGUAAACUUGCCGAACCGGUAGGCCAGAAAGAACACAUGCCGGACAACCACGAAGUGGACCACACGGAAACGGUGAAUUCCACGGAGAAAAUGUCAGAAAAUGACGAUUUGACGGAAGAGGAAGAGAACAAGCUGCUGCAAGCGGAAGAGGACGACUUGGAUGUGAUCGAUUGCUACACGGAAGAUUUUGACAGCGACAUGGAGAACGACUUCUGCCGGAAGGAAAAGCAGAAAAAUGAGGAAACGACGAAGGAAAAGGAGAAAACCAAAGAAGCGAUGCAAGAAAAGGAGAAAAACAAGAAAACGGUUACGAACAGUAAGAAUAUGGAUAAGAUAGAGGAGAAACCCCAAAACAAAACGACAACAGAGGAAGAAGUCAAUCAGCAGAAACCGUCCCCGAAGAAAGUUGCCGCGGAGCUGGAAGAUGAUGAUGACGAAGAUGUAAUCCAGCUUUGUGACGAUAUUUCGGACACAUUUCUUGAAGAUGAUGCCAUCGGCAGUUCGGCAGGUCCGACAAAACCGGAAAUUUCCUCUCAGGCAAAGAUUGAAUCCGAGAAAGCACGAAUUCUCAGUGAACCACUGGUCAAACAGUUGGUCAUACCGGAGAUUUGCGUGUCUGAUGAAGAGGACGACAGAUCGGUAGGUAGCCAGGAAUCGCUGAGCUUGCAAAUUGAUCACUGUGUGGAAAAGGCUGCGGAAUUGAUCAGUGAAGUGGUGGAGAAUGGGCGAGGCAAAACCGAUCCGUCAAAAGCUGGCGGAACGGUUCCGGCGGGUAAAAAUGGAUCGGCGUUGAACGGAAGCAACGCUAGCGAGGGCGGCCUCUACGGGUGUCAUCAGGAGGAUCCGGACGUGUUGAAGUUAAAGCUGGACCUUUACCAAGACAUGGGAGGUAUGGAUUACGAGGCCGAAGAUAAAACGGAAGACGGUGAAAAGUUGACAGUGAUAAGGAUCAAGGAAGAGCCUUGUUCGCCGAGAAAUCUUUUCUCGGAAAAUGAAAUCCCCACCAUUGAAUUGACCUCGACGGACGACGAAGUAGUAACGAUUUCCAUCAGUCCGAAAUCGAAGGUAAAAACCAAACAGAACAAGAAAAGCAAGAAACGGAAGUCUAAGAAGAAAGGAUCCACGGAAUAUGUGGACCUCAGAAUGGAUUCAUCGGAAGAUUCCUUUCCAAUUGUGGUGGAUUCAUCAACGGUUUCGAUUGAUUCCCGGAAUACCGAGAUGCAUUCUGAAGAGUCUGAAAAGGCAAAAGCUUUGCAUAAUCGUAAGGUCACCACAACUCCGGAGGUGAACGGUGUUGGUAAGAAAUCCAAAACUGCGCGAAAGAGAUCUGUAGAUGCUGAUUUGAUCGAACCGCCAGUCAAAAAGAAGAAGAAAGUUGAUCCAGCCAUGAUGGGAUACCAAAAGCGCCGCAGAUCCGUUGGUCGAUCGGCAUCGAAAUCGAGUAUGCUUUCGGUCACGUCGGUUUUGUCAUCGAUUCCGGAUGAGGAUAUGGUUGUGAUUUCGGCGAAUGACGUCUUGCUCGCUGAUCCAUCCAUGAUUGUUACAGGUGAAACGACCAAUAUUGAGAACGAUAAACGACAGAGUGAAUCAACUGACGAGAUAACCGAUGGUAAGUUAGCAAACGAUUCGAAAGAGGAAUUAAUGCACUCGCUAGAUUUGAAGGAAGCUAUUACAAAAGAAUUGGUGCAAGAGGUCUCGCUGAACGGCGACAAGAAUGAGAAUGAGUCGGAUGAGCAUAGCUUCCCAUUGCCAACAACGGAUAUAGCGCUAGAGGACAUGCUUGAGUCAUUUAUCGAUAAAGAAGCGAACAGCAAACAUUCCGAACUAGUUUUCCACUCCAUUUCCCCGGAGGAAAAGUUUUUGAUGGAUUCGCUGUUUGCAGAUUGCGAGAAGCAGUCGCAACAAGUCCCCAGCGAGGAUCACCUGGAAUCCCUCAAAACCAUCAUGGAUGACGGAAAGCCUCUAGUUGAGCCCCAGAAAGUAACGGAACCAAUCGCUAUAAGUUACACAAUUUGCGAUGAAAGUAUUCAGCCGGAAACUGUUCACAUGCAACUGGAGACUUAUGCUCCCGAAGGCGAAUCUGUACCGGAUAUGGCCAAAGGACCAAAAGCUCCGAACAUCAAAAUCAUCCAGAACUACCAGAAAUAUCCAUUCCAAUCUAAACCUCCGAAAAAACAGAAGCUCAAAGAUAACAAUUCCAAUGGCCAACAGCGUAAGGGGCGAGGACGUAAAAAGCGAGAAGUCAAAGAUGACACCGACGAAGAAUAUCUUCCAUCAAAGGUACGCACUCGCAAUCGCGGCUCAAAACCACGAAAGCGUAAAAAUUCAAAACCCCAAUUGGAAGAAGAGGAGCUCAACGUCGUGGAUCAACAACAACACCCGGAGGAUGGACCUCUCAUUUCGGAGCAUUCUCUUCCCAAAUUCGACAACGGAGACGAUGACGACGACGGAACGGCAACUACGUCCACGGUGUGCCGUAACAUGCCAACCCUGGAGGAGGAUUUGGCAAUGACCAGUUCGGAUGAGGGUGAAACGUUCGAGGCUACCAGCAAGGAAUUGAUUACGACGUCGCCGUCGAAAAUUAGCUCAUCCAGUACCGAAGGAAGUGGUGGUGGUACAAAGCUGAACGAUGAUGGGAAAAAGGAGAGAGACGAACGACAACCAAUUCGGAUCACGAAGGAAUCGUUUAAAGUGAUAAGAACUGAUGGCGAUAAUUUGAAGCUCACUCUUUCGGUGCCCAAACGUUGUCGACCUAAGCUGAAAGGUUCCGGUAGUUCUCACCCAGAGUCAAGUAACGCCAAGAACCCCAAGACAGCUGGUGGUGUGGCCAAACGAGGUCGACCGAAGGGCAGUAAGAAUAGAAAGAUUUCUGAUUUCUAUCCUUCAACCAACGAUCGCAAAGAAACAAUUGAACCGAUAGAGGAAUCACACAAAGAAUCUGCCUCACAACAAUCACUAUCGACGAUUGGAAAAGGGGACAAAGUAUCCACCAAGCCGUCACAAAAGCGCAAGCGUAAACGUGUGAUUAGCAGCAGCAACAGUGAAGUUAGUACCGCUACUAUCAGUAACAGCGUGGAUACUGAACCAGAACUACAACUGAGCGCAUCCACUAUCGGGUCGGACACUGAACAAACUGCAGAAGGAGCUAGUUUGGAAACAACCCAAGUCGCUGCCGACAAGAUGGACAAUCUUCAGAUUGUAAUAUCGCCACUUACCGAGGAUAAGAUACGUAAAAUAAACACCCCGCAAAAGUCUAAAGGGCUUACCAAAGCUAGCCAAACGGAAAUUUCCGGCUUGACGUGGUCCAUCGAUCUACACCAGAUAGACUUCCGAUCGGAAUACUUUGAGAAGCUUCGAAUCCUGUUGAACAACGGGGCACGGACCGGUGGUGACCGUUCCUUCAAUGGCGUGGACAUUCCGAGUCGAUCUUCGCUGCAGCGAUGUCUGGUAAUGUCACCUAACCCGAGACAACAACCGGCCCGACCUGUUCCAGAUGGUCACAACAGGAGCUCUGCAGAGGAUUUGUUGUUCCAACGCGCCCUCAAUGAAGUCGAAUUGGGUGCCAACAAUACGGAGGACCGGUCGGCUCGUCAAAGAUUGGAGCGAGUAGUUAACAGCGUACGGUCUACUUUCCGUAUACCGAAGGUGAAGAAGCAGGCUUCUUCAUCACCGCAGGAUGUAACUUCAUCGACGCCGCAUGUUGCGGAACCAGUCUACAGAGAUGAUGAUCUUGGCGUUGAACAGCUUCCCUCAACUUCUCGCUCCGUAGAUCGAUCUCAACAAAGCAACGGGCCGUCCAGCAGUCUGAGACCUCCGGAAACAGCUGGCGUAGUGCAACGGACCAUUACAAACGACUACGUAGAUGAGAAUAGCGAGAACUCGGAUAAUGUCAGCGCCAUGUCGAGAGAACGACAACAAAUCAGACAAAACAUCAUGUUGCAGGACAGAUUUGAGGUGCCGGCAAACCUAAACAUGAAUGCAGGCCGAGUGAACGUGGGCUAUAUGCCUCCAUCAAGCGCAGAAAACGGACAGCUGGAAACCGGGCGCCCCCUUCCUAAUCCUGACCCUCGACCGGCCCGCGUACCCCCGAUUUCGCUGGAAACCCAGUCCGGACUGCCGAGUCGUGCUGAGUUACUCAACGUCCGACGAACGAUUCGCAACGACGCACCACCGCCGCUACAACAACCCCCGCAGCUUGUUCUGCCCGAAGUUCCGCCACCCAUGGUCCAACAGUUCCUUCCGGAAGCGAAGUACAAUCCUCCUCAGGCGAAUGCUCCUUUUACGAUGUUUGGUGGCUUCCAACCGGCGCAAUUUGCUGUAAGUAGCAAUUCAUUUAACAGAACGGGUUCGUUACUCGGUUAUUCUGGGUUGGAAACGCCUUCGAUGUUUAGUGGUGAUAUGAUGAGCCUGCAGCAGCAACAGCAGCUUAGGGGUAACCCCAGCAAUAUCAAUGAUUUCCUGACCAUGCUGUGGGAACAGUUUAGGCAGCAACAGCAACCUAUUCGUCAGCAACCGUUGAUCCAGCCUCCAUUGCAGCCUCCUGUUGCACCGUUAGCCCAACCACAGGUUGUCUCGAUGCCGCCGAGUAGUUCGAAUCAGCAACCAAUUCUCAGCCAGAUGUUGUCUCAGAUGAAUCAGAUCUCAAUGCAACCAUCAGUCCCGCAAGCCACGCCAUUCGAACCUCAACGCGCCAACGAACAGGUGGAAAUCAUAUGCUCCAUUUUCGGGUGUUUCGAUUUCCUAAACGACAGAUGCAUCAAAACUCACUGUCGUUAUCCGCAUAUCCUGCCGAGAGAAGAGGAGGUCUUCCAGAAACUCCUGAUGCAAAGUCGUGACGUUAUCAUGGCGAGUUAUCGAUUUGUGGCCGGCAGAGAUGAUUUGUUCAUCAAGUACUUCCCGGCGUACGCCAGCGUCAUGGGACGCAACAACAUGCGCCAUCAGCUUGUGAAUACUAUCACGGAUUGCGAGCAGUCGAAACGACCGAUUCAGUACUACAAAUAUAUCGUGGAAGGUCUCAAAGUUAGUGGCACCAGUGCGGUACAAGCUGUACAGCUGAUUCUGGAGAAACACACGAAGAAAAGCUUCAACCAGAUCAACGUUUUGAUCGAACUGAUUCUGGACACCGGUGAGGGUAUACCAACUUUCCUCCGCAUACUGGAGGAGUUUUUCCACGUGAAAGAUUACUACUACGAAAUCCCAUCCGUUAAUCGUUUGCUCGAGUUCAGCGUGAUAUCCACCCUUCCAAUCAACGAGUUGGCCACGUUCGUUUCCAAACUGAUCCUGAAGGUUCCCGCUGGAGCGGAACAGUUCGUAAACACCCGGAUGUUGUUGGAGUUUAUUCAGAAGGUAAGACUAGAUCCGGCAUUGGCUCUGGACGUAGAAGAUAUCGUUAAGAAGUACGGCAGUGUUGUGAUGAGGCCGUAACCGUAAGAUUCGUUAUAUUCCGAUUUAUAUGAGGUGGUGGGAAAGCUUUCCUGCAUAUUUGAUUUUUUAUGCCAUGCAGUCGGUACCCAUGUUGAGUACACUUGACAAGAAGUCUGUAUUGUUUUUUUUGUUUUCAUUUUUGGGAAACGAUUACUUGUAAGAUGGAAACCUGUUGAUCAUUAUGUGAUGAUUUCGAAGAGAGAAAUAAAGUGCGUAGUCCGGAA